AUGCCUUCCAAACUCCAAGAUUAUGACAUCCUCAGUGAAAUAGGAUCUGGCUCAUAUGGAACUUGCAAGAAAGUCCGACGUAGAACCGAUAACAAGGUACACUACAGUAAUACACAAAACUCCCUCGAUCCUACUGCAUCUGACACUGCGCCUAAUACAUUUUGCAGCAUAACUUUCAUUGUACGCUUGAGCUUGUGGAACUAAAAGAAGUAACCGUAGAAAACCUUAGUGGCAAUUUGUCUUCCGUCCUGGAACCUUGAAACAAAGUUGAAGUCCAUGGUAAAAUUUUUCCAUGAGCAAAUUCACCAGUAAAGUUUGUCGUAAACACUGCAUUCACACCAGUUGUUGAUGUUGACCUUCAAUAUUGUGGUUCUCUCUGAUAUUUCUGAGACAGAAGCUUAAUUUUCCUACCUGCCUAUGUAGCUCAUUGUAACUCAGGUGCAUAGGCCAAGUAGGCUGGUUGGUUCAAGACCAACUUACCGUCUAUUCAACAAAAGUUGAACAGAUAUCCAGUGCAUAGAUAAAGUUGAAAGCAAAGAAAGAGAAUUACAUGGCUGUUUUACAUAAAGGUGAUAUUACACGAGAUGAUUUGCAACAACAAAUUUCAGCGCAAUGUCGCGACAAUGCUUGGAUGCUGCAUUGCACUAAAAAUCGUUGUUGCAAAUCGUCCCGCCGAGUAACGUCAUUUCUAUGCAUUCAAUAUUUAGGGUGCGACUACUGUAACCGGGGCCACGUAGACAAAGUUGACCAAUCAGAUUCAGGAAAAUAACAAUACAUCCUAACAAGUUGUUUGUAUGCCAAUCAGCACAAAAUUUAAAUAUGGAUAGCAAACAUUUUUCAGGGAAACAAUAUGUUUUAUCCGACAAUCUUUUUCUAUUUGAAACUUUACAUACAACGCCCAGGGGACAUGUGUUUGACACAAGCUGUUAUUUUGCCAUCUACCAGCAAUUUCUUCACUACCAUUGCUGUACCUUGCAAUAAAUUUGUGACCUCAAGUUAAAAAUAUGACUAACAUUUACAUUUUUCAUCUCCGUCAACACUCUAACAGACCUUGCAGGAAACAUAGGCUUUCUCCAGUGCAUUUUUAAGGUCACAUCUGUAGGUUGUAAUUGGUUGAUUUUAAUCUAUGUUGUUGAUUUCAUUCGGAGGCAAGGAUUUAGCCAGAAGGGUGUCCAGCAGUCCCAUGGACGCCCAUUUUUGGAAGAAAUACAAGGAAUUUAUUCACUUGAUUUCUUUCAAUUUUAUGGGAAAACAUGCUUUCUGUAUGGCCAGUUUUCAAUGCCUGGCUGAAAGCCUGUUACAAGGUAAUAAUGAUUGACAACCAACUUUUUGGGAAUGUAUUGUUAUUUUCCUGUCAUUCAAUAAAAUAUUAGUUAACUUUGUCCAGGUGACCCUGGUUAUAGUAGUCACACUGUAACUUGUUCAGCAAAAAUUGUUGAACAAAUCUUUUGAAUUGCUUUCACAGAAUUCAACUUCCUAACAUUUUCCCAGAAAUUAUUGAGAGAAUGUUGGGGAAUUCAGCCUUUUUGCUAAUAAGGUGUUUGCCUAAUAAACUGCACUUAUUUCCAACAGCCUGGCUGUUAGGUUAAGUUGCAAUGAGAAGUGUGACCAUGAAACUGCAACAUAGGGCAGACAAAAAUAAUGGUAAAAAAUGACCAAAAGGUGGAUUGAAACUAUUAUGACAGGAAAGAAGUAAAUCGCAGAUAGUUCGCGUUAUUAAAUAAACAAACCACACUUUGUUCAACUGUAUACUGCAGAUUCUAGUCUGGAAAGAACUUGACUAUGGCAAAAUGACAGAAGUAGAAAAACAGAUGCUUGUCUCUGAAGUGAAUCUCCUAAGAGAAUUAAAGCAUCCACACAUUGUACGGUAU